AUGACAUCACGAUUGGAUCGUUUGUUCAUCUUGCUUGAGUCUGGAUCAUCUGCAGUAACGAGAAAGGCAGCAGCAAAGCAAAUUGGCGAAGUUCAGAAAUUACAUCCACACGAAUUACAUAAUUUACUGAGUCGUUUAAUUGUCUUCAUCCAUUCACAAAAUUGGGACACUAGAAUAGCCGCAACGCAAGCUGUUCAAGCUAUACUUGAGAAUGUUCCUCAAUGGGAUCCAAAUGAACGUGUUCAAGUUAUUAAGAAAGAAGAGACUGAGACAAAUGGAUCAUCUACAAAACAUCCAUUAAUUAUCAAUGAAAGCAAUGAUUUAGAAACAAGAUUAAGCUUUGAGAAAUUCAAUCUGAGUUUAAUCCUUGAGAAAGGAGCUCGUUUGAUGGGAAGUGAAGGUCGUGAAUUUGACUUUGCGGAAGAAAAUAUUGAUAAUAAAGAAAUGUUAAUUAAACAACGGGAAGCAUUAAAUGAGAAGCUUGGAUUUGCUGCCGCCAAGAAUCUUGGCAUAAAUUUAGAUGAUAUGGUAACGCUUGAAGAUAUGACUCCAAUGAAACAAAUCAAGACUGAAAAUGAGACAAGCAAGAUUAAUGUUCAGGAUAUUCUAAUUAAUCAAGCAUCAUCUAGUCAGCAAUCAUCAAUUGUUGCAAUGAGUAGUCGUGAGAUAAAUCGUGCAAAGCGUAAAGCACGUCAAAAUCAAGCAUUAAGUCGGACAAAUUCAGUUAAAGAUGAGCCAGAUAAGAAGAAAAUCAAGUCAGAGCUUAAUGUUAAAUACUUUGAGAAUGAACCCACACCAGAUUUGACAGGAACAUGGACAGAAAAUGCUAUUGACUGGCCAUUAGAAUCAUUCUGUUCAAAAUUACUGAUUGACUUGUUUAGUGUAAGAUGGGAAGUAAGGCACGGAUCAGCAACUGCAUUACGCGAAUUGCUUAAAACGCACAUAAAAGGUGGUGGACGGAGUGUCUUUAUGGCAAGUGAUGAACAAAAUGUAUCACAUGAUAAAUGGCUUGAAGAUAUAGCUUUAAGAAUACUUUGUGUCUUGGCACUUGAUCGAUUUGGUGAUUUUGUAUCAGAUCAAGUUGUUGCUCCAGUUCGAGAAACUUGCUCGCAAGUUUUAGCAACAAUAUUAAAGGAAAUGGAUACAAGUUUAGUUCUUAAAGUCAUUGACAUUCUUCAGAAAUUCGUAAAACAUGAUGAUUGGGAAGUAAGACAUAGUGGAUUACUAGGAAUUAAGUAUAUGCUCGUAGUACGUGAAGAUUUAAUUUCUACAAUUUUGCCAAUUGUCAUCAAAAAUAUUCUCGAUGGGUUGCUUGAUACGGUCGAUGAUGUAAGCUCUGUGUCAGCAUCUUCCUUAAUUCCUAUAUCGUCUUAUUUACCAAAGUUGCUAACUCAUCAACAAGUAUCAUGCAUCGUUAAAAUGCUGUGGGAUUUAUUACUAGAUCAAGAUGAAUUAGCUGCCGCAUGUAAUUCCUAUAUGGCUUCAAUGGCAUCUAUUUUAAGUUUACCAAAUGCAUCUCAGUGGAUUGAAAUGGAACCAAUGGUUAAUUUAGUACCGCGUUUAUGGCCUUUUUUGAGUCAUCCAUCAAGCAGUGUUCGACGUUCAACUCUUCAGACUUUAAAGAAACUUACGGACGAGACAAAUAAUCAAGUUAUUGAGAAAAACAAAAAUGAUGUCAAUGAUGAUGGAAAACCAUCUUUAUGCCUUAAUUUUGGCGUGAGAUCAUGGCCACCAAAUUUACUUCAAGAAGCACUUCGUCACAUUUAUCAGAGAGUCUUAGUAGAGCAUAUUGAGGACAUCCAAUGCCUCGUCGAGGAUGUCUGGAGAAAUAUUGUAAUGAAUGCUGAUUUGUCAGCACUCCUUCAUGCUGCCUGUCCAUUUGUAUCAUGCUUUAUGUGUCUCGCUAUGCAACCAGCUAGACUCGCCUUUGAUCCAAAUUUACUAAUUAGUGCUAAAAGCAAUCGUUUAGUUUGUGACUCGAUGCCAAUGCAAAAAGCAUUUCUUGGAGGUUUAGAAACGAUCCCUCAGGAUACUCGUGAGAAAAAUGUCAUUCGAGCUAGAUAUAAAGCAUGUCGGAUGCUCGGUUUGUUGAGCAAAUAUCUAGUUUUACCGGCACCAGGUGUCGUUUACACAAACACAUCAGAAAGUCCACUGGAAUGCUACUGCAAGCUACUUUUUGGAUAUCUGAGUUCUCGAUCAUCAUUACAACGCUUAAUAAGCAGCAUGAUUAUCACAUUUUGGGGCGAAUUUAAUCCAUCAAUCACAACAAAUGAACAGCUUCAGAACCGCUUAAAAUCAGCUCUAACUGAAUACAUUUACUUCGAUGAAAUAGCAUCAAUGGUCACAAGACUUUUACAAGAAGCAAGUGAUUUUGUAGCAUCAAUGAAGCAAUACAAAGUAAUAAUCCCAGGAUAUGAAGGAACAAAUAUGCUAACAUUGGAUCAAAUUAAGGAAUUAUGUACAACAGCAACGGAAAAUCUCAAAGUUCGCUUCAAUUUAAAGACCAAAAUCGCAAAUUUAUUGGACGAGCGAAGGAAGAGUUUAUUUAAUUCUUAUACAAUAACCAGCACUGAACAAUCGCAUUUAAAUAUAAGCACACAAUCAGCAUUGGCUUCUGCUGUCGCCAGAUUGAAAUGUCUACCCGAGAAAUUGAAUCCUGUUGUGAAGCCUUUAAUGGAAUCAAUUAAGCGUGAAGAAAAUGUCAUUUUACAAAGACUGGCUGCUGAAAGUCUCACAUGCUUAAUGUGUCAAGUAGCGGAUAGACAACCAUCACCAAAUGUCAAAAUUUUAACUAAUUUAUCGACUCUCUUAAAGUCCGACGAGGACUUUACACCAAAGCUCAUUUUUCCAGAUCGUGAAUUAAUGCAUUUUAAGCCAAAUAGUGUAAUUGAUAAUGCUUAUUACGGAAUCAUUGCAUUAGACAAGCAAACAAAGUUUAGAGAAAGUCACAAUGGAUCUUCAGGGCGUGGUCGACCUCCUAAUAUCGAAAAUCAAUUGUCAAUUGAUGAAAACAAUGCAGCAGACAAUGAUGAUCCAAUACGCAAAUUCAACAAAAUUCAGCGAACUGGAUCCACAUUUGCAAUUGAGAGUGUUUGUAAAUUCUUCGGUGCCUCAUUACGCGAAAGAGUUCCAACAUUGUGGGAAUUAAUGUUUAAUACAUUAUCGAAAAUUGAUGAGCAAUAUAUAAGACAAUUAUCAUGUCAAUUGAUGCCACAAGAUGAGACUACAAACAUUUUAAUAUCAUUACAGUUAAUUGAGAUUGCUGCGCCCCAUUUACAUAAAGAUUUGCAUAAGGAACUGUUUGAAAGCCUCACAAAGUUAUGUUUUCUUAUUCAGCACCCAUUAAAGGCGAUUCGUCACAUGGCAGCAAGAUGCUUAGCAACAUUCGCGGCUAUUGAUUCACAGAGUGUUAUGUUAUUUGUGAUUGACUCGUUAAUUCCAUUAUUAGGACAAAUUGAGAAUCCAAUAAAUCGGGAAGGAGCUAUUGAGGCAAUAACAUCGAUUGUUAAUAAAUUACAGUUUAACAUUGUUCCUUAUUGUGUUCUGAUGAUUGUGCCUGUUUUAGGACGUAUGAGUGAUCAAGAUCAACCUGUACGAUUAAUAUCCACAAGCUGUUUUGCAACUUUAAUCCAAUUGAUGCCUUUGGAUGGUAAUUCGCCGGAUAUAAAGGAAAAUUUGAAUGAGGAACUGUUGAAAAGGAAAAUGAAGGACCGAGAAUUUUUAGAAUAUCUAUUUCGACCAAAGAAUAUACCUGAUUAUAAGGUUCCAGUUACAAUUAAUGCAACUCUAAGGAGUUAUCAACAAGCUGGGGUUAAUUGGCUUUACUUCCUGAAUAAAUACAAACUUCAUGGAAUUUUAUGUGAUGAAAUGGGACUUGGCAAGACUCUUCAAACAAUUUGUAUUGUCGCAGGCGAUCAUCAUCAAAGGCAAACUGAAAAACAAACUAAUUUGCCAAGCAUCGUGAUUUGUCCGCCUACAUUAACUGGACAUUGGGUUUAUGAAGUCAAAAAAUUCGUCGCUAAUCAAUUUUUAAAGCCUCUUCAUUAUUAUGGAUUGCCCAUUGAACGUGAAAGAUUGCGGAGUCAAAUUAAAUAUCAUAAUUUAGUCGUGGCGAGUUAUGAUAUUGUUCGUAAAGAUAUCGACUUUUUUCAGACUAUUCAAUGGAAUUAUUGUAUUCUUGAUGAGGGUCAUAUAAUCAAGAAUGGAAAAACAAAAUCAUCAAAGGCAAUAAAGCAAUUGACAGCAAAUCAUCGAUUAAUUUUAAGUGGUACACCUAUACAAAAUCAGGUUUUAGAAUUGUGGUCUCUCUUUGACUUUUUGAUGCCUGGAUUUUUGGGCUCUGAAAAGCAGUUCCAACUGAAAUACAGUCGUCCAAUUCUGGCAAGUCGAGAUGGUAAAAGUUCAGCAAAAGAGCAAGAAAUUGGAGCUUUAGCAAUGGAAUCAUUACAUCGACAAGUUUUACCAUUUUUACUGCGUAGAUCUAAAGAGGAUGUGCUGAAAGAUUUGCCACCAAAGAUCACACAGGAUUUGCUUUGUGAAUUGAGUCCAUUACAGGAAAGACUUUAUGAAGAUUUCAGUAAAACGCAUUUAAAUACAGAUCUUCAAGAAUGCCUCGAUAAUAUGUCAUCAAAAGAGAAUGUGACAAAGAAAACACACGUCUUUCAAGCUUUACGAUACCUACAAAAUGUUUGCAAUCAUCCAAAACUCGUUUUGAAGCCACAUCAUCCUGAAUAUCAAAAUAUUAUCUCUGAUUUGCAACGCAAUAAAACGUCAUUAGACGAAAUUGAACAUUCAGCAAAAUUGCCAGCACUCAAGCAAUUAUUAUUAGAUUGCGGCAUCGGAACUGAUGAUAAUGACGAAAUAUCUGUUAAUCAGCAUCGUGCAUUAGUAUUUUGUCAGCUUAAAUCUAUGCUUGACAUCAUUGAAAAUGACCUCCUGAAGAAGCAUUUGCCAACGGUUUCAUAUUUGCGGCUUGAUGGUGGUGUUCCCGCUAAUUCGCGUCAUGAAAUUGUGUCUAAAUUCAAUAAUGAUCCUUCAUACGACAUUUUAUUGCUGACUACUCAAGUUGGUGGCUUAGGACUCAAUUUAACAGGUGCAGACACUGUCAUCUUUGUCGAACAUGAUUGGAAUCCAAUGAAAGAUUUACAAGCUAUGGACAGAGCACACAGAAUUGGACAAAAGAAAGUUGUCAAUGUCUACAGAUUGAUUACAAGAAGAUCAUUGGAAGAGAAAAUUAUGUGCUUGCAAAAAUUCAAAUUGCUUACAGCAAAUACUGUUGUUGGAGUAAAUAAUCAGUCAAUGGAAACGAUGGCAACUGAUCAGCUUUUAGAUCUAUUCUCGAUUGAACAAAAUGAUGAUAAUAGGAAGUCAGCGAAUAAAAGUGGAAGUUCUGUAAAGAAUAUUUUGGAGAGUUUGCCUGAACUUUGGGAUGAUAAUCAAUAUACAGAAGAAUUUGAUAUUGAAAAUUUUAUUGGAGGUCUGAAGAAGUAA